AUGGGUUUAUGGGAUAUGUUUCCAACAUGGCUUCCAAUCGAGGUCCUCUGCAUUUUCAUGGCAGCAGCUGCAAUGGUGUAUAUUGUGUUGGGUUCAGUGAUUGUUUAUGGCCCAUUACUACUUUCAGCUCUAAGGCUGAAACUUACAGGCAAUAUGCCUCCACUUCCGCCAGGCAGAAUGGGACUUCCAUAUUGGGGAGAAUCUGUGGAUUAUAUCAAAUCGUGCAGUGAUCCUCACAACCCAGAUAUGUGGUAUGACAGGAGAAAGGCUGAGCAUGGGCCAAUUUUCAAAACCCAUAUUCUGGGCAGCCCAACUGUGGUGAUUUUGGGCCAUCAGGCUAAUAAGUUCAUUCUGAUCAAUGAAAACAAGCUUUUCCUUAACAGCUGGCCUAAGUCUGUUAGGGUUUUGGUUGGGGAGAAUGCCAUGGUAACUUCCCAUGGUGCCCGCCACAAAAGGCUAAGGCAGAUUAUACUGUCUGUUUUGGGUCAACAUACUCUGAGGAUGGCCAUUGGGAAGUUUGAGAGGCUUGUGGUGCAGCAUCUCCAGUCUGAGUGGCAUGCUGGUAGUAUUGUACGCGCCCAUGAGAAGCUUAUGGACAUGACAGACCCUGUCUGUGGCUGCUGA